AUGGAAGUAAAAAAGAUUGCAGUGAUUGGUGCUGGGGUCAGCGGUUUGGGUGCCAUGAAAAGCUGCUUGGAGGAGGGACUUGAGCCUAUGUGUUUUGAAAAGAGCAAUGACAUUGGAGGGCUGUGGCGCUAUGAGGAGGCACCAGAAAGUGGGAGUCCUGGGAUUUACAAAUCUUUGACCUGCAACACUUCCAAGGAGAUGACCGCCUUCAGUGACUACCCUGUCCCUGACCACUACCCCAACUAUAUGCACAACUCCAGAAUGAUGGAGUAUCUCAGGAUGUACGCCAGGCACUUUGGGCUUAUGAACCAUAUUCAGUUCCAGACAAAAGUGUGCAGCGUGAGGAAGCGACCUGAUUUCUCAUCCUCCGGCCAGUGGGAUGUUGUGGUAGAAUCUGGUGGGAAGCAGAAAACCUACAUCUUUGAUGGGGUCAUGGUAUGCAGUGGUCACUACACUGAAAAGUAUUUGCCCUUACAGGAUUUUACAGGGAUCCAGAGGUUCCAAGGCAGGUAUCUCCACAGCUGGGAGUACAAACACCCAGACAGCUUUGUGGGGAAGAGAGUGCUUGUGAUUGGCAUCGGGAAUUCUGGAGCAGAUGUGGCUGGAGAGAUCAGUCGUGUUGCUGAACAGGUCUUCCUCAGCACGAGGCGAGGGGCCUGGAUAUGGAACCGGGUUUGGGAUAAUGGGAAUCCCAUGGAUAUCACACUCUUCACCCGAUACAACAGAGCCAUCCAAAAGUUAUACCCCACAUUCCUGAUCAACAGAUUGGCAGAAAAUAAAUUAAACUCAAGGUUUAACCAUGCCAAUUAUGGCCUACAGGCUACACACAGAUUUCUCAGCCAUCAGUCUACCAUCAGCGAUGACCUGCCAAAUCACAUAAUCAGUGGAAAAGUGAUGGUGAAGCCAAACGUGAAGGAGUUCACUGAGACGACGGCCAUCUUUGAGGAUGACACUGAAGAGAACAUUGAUGCUGUUGUCUUUGCCACAGGCUACACGUUGUCAUUCCCUUUCUUGGCCGAUGACUCAGCAAUCCUGGACAGCCAGCACACCAUGUUUAAAUUUGUUUUCCCUCCUCAGCUAGAGAAGCCAACUCUAGCUUUCAUUGGCAUCCUGCAACCAGUAGGUGCCACGAUUCCCACAUCUGAGCUCCAAAGCCGAUGGGCUGUGCGUGUAUUUGCAGGUCUGAAAAAGUUACCCUCAGAGAGUGACAUGAUGUCUAACAUCAACAGAAGGAAAGAGAAAAUGGCGAAUGAGUUUAUAAAAAGCCCAAGAGAUAUACAUCGAGUGCAGUAUAUUGACUACAUGGAUGAAAUUGCUUCUGAGAUAGGAGUCAAACCCAACCUGUUCUCUCUCCUCCUCUGGGAUACAAAGCUGGCCAUGGAGAUUUUCUAUGGGCCUUGCACCCCAUACCAGUUCCGCCUCCAGGGUCCAGGGAAAUGGGCUGGGGCUCGGUCAGCCAUUCUCUCUCAGAGACACAGGAUCCUCAAACCCCUGAGGACUCGUGUGCUCCAACAUGCUGGGGCUUCCUCUUCUAGUCUCUUUUGGGUCAAAAGUAUCUUUACUAUCAUCAUGUUUUUCAUUGUUCCUAUAUUAGUUAUAAUGCAAAUAAUAUACAAUUAA